AUGUUUUACUGUGAAGAGCAUCAAACACUUGUGACCCAGAAGUGACCACAGGUGUUUUCUCAUAAUGCAUUUCUUUUGUGUUUCAUCCAUAGAUAAAGCAGUUAGAGACGGGUGGAUCUACUUCAGCUCCAGUCUUUACUACAUUUCUAGUGAGUACAAGAGCUGGAGUGAGAGCAGAAACGACUGCAGAAAGAGAGGAUCAGACCUGGUGAUCAUCAACAGCAGAGAAGAACAGGUCUUCAUUAACACAUUGAGAAAAGGUCAGCGGGUUUGGAUUGGUCUGAGUGAUGCUGAAACAGAGGGGGUCUGGAAAUGGGUGGACGGAUCAGAACUGAUCACUGGGUACUGGGGACCAGGAGAACCCAACAGCAAUGGAGAGGAGGACUGUGUUAUAACUGACAUUGGUUCUGAUCCUGUGAAUAACUGGAAUGACUAUCCCUGUAAUCGUCAGUUCUUUUGGAUCUGUGAAAAGAGAAUAUAA